UAAACAUGAAAAGUGGCUUUACUUGGUAUUGAGAACCAUUUUAUCGAGGUCGAACUACAGCAAAUUUUAUCGAAAUAUUCUCCGACUUUCGACUUUCUACAAGAAAAAAAUAAUCGUACAUUAUCAGAUUCUGAAGACACACGUUAAACAUAUUAAUAAAUAUUAUGUUAAUCACUGUACAAAAACCCAACGUAAUUAAAUUUAUCUUGUUUACUGAGCAAUUGCGAUAAUAUCCCACUUCGGUACUCCCAAACCAGACAUGACUUGGAAUUACUUCGAAUUUUUUUUCACGGCAAUAUGUGGCUUUUACUUCUAGUGUUAGUGUCAACGUUGAUUUAUAUUUUUGUAAAGAAGAGUCUGAAUUAUUGGGUUGAGAGGGGCGUACCUGGACCUCAACCCUUUCCAGUGGUGGGUAACGUUGGAAGAAAUUUCUUUGGAAAGGCGUCACAAGGACAAAUAUUCACAGAUAUAUACAGAACGUAUCAAGAACACUCUUUCGUUGGAAUCUUCAGAGGAACCAUACCAUAUCUGCUUGUAAGAGAUCCAGAUUUCAUCAGAAAUAUAACAGUCAAAGACUUCAAGCAUUUUCAAGAUAACAACGUUACAGUAGAUAAGGACGUAGAUCCUGUUUUCGCAAGAAACCCGUUUGUCAUCAAGGGCACAGAAUGGAAAUUGAAAAGGGCACAACUGACAUCCUGUUUCUCAUCUGGAAAAAUCAAAGGUUUCUAUCCUUUAUUGGAAGAAUCUGCUAUGAAGAUGAUCAAAUACAUAGAGCACCAGUUGAUGACCUCUGCACCUUUAGAAUGCAGGGAAAUCAGUGUCCGUUUCACUCUGGAAAAUGUAGCUUCUUGUGCUUUCGGCAUAGAUGGCAAAUGUUUUGAAGAGGAUUACCCAAAAUUCAGAGAAAUGGCUGAUGAGUUUCUUUCACCUAGAGGUCUGCUACGUGGCUUGAAACUCACAUUCAUAUUCUCAUGGCCAUCUUUAGCUAAACUACUCAGGAUGAAAUUCGUUGCCAAAGAAGUAGAAGACAAACUACUGGAAACUGUGAGGACAUCUCUCAAGUAUCGCAAGGAGAACGACGUUGUGAGAAAUGACUUCCUCGAAUACGUUAGUCAGCUAUCAACGAACACAGAUUUAUUCACUGAAAUGGAUAUUGUUGGACAUGCCGCUAGUUUUUUCAGUGAUGGAUAUGAAACCAGUUCUAGGGUUAUGGGUUUCUUCAUUUUCGAAUUAGCAAUGAACCCUGAGUGUCAGCACAAACUAAGAGAAGAGAUCAUCAAUUCAUAUGAGAAACAUGGAAACAGCUUCUCGUAUGAGUCCAUAAAUGAGAUGGAAUAUCUGGAUGCCUGCUUCAAUGAGAGUAUGAGGAAAAACUCCAUACUUCACCACCUGGCCAAAGUAUGUACCGAGGCAUACACAUAUACUCCUACCAAUCCGGAAUACAAGAAGUUAUCAGUGAAUAUAGAACCUGGCACUCCUAUCAUAAUCCCCCUCACAGGAUUACAUACUGACCCAAAAUACUGGAAAUCUCCUGAAAAAUUCAUUCCUGAGAGAUUUCUGACCAGAGAGAAUACCAAUAAGUUCACUUAUUUACCAUUCGGAGAAGGACCUAGAAUAUGCAUUGGUCAACGUUUUGGUACAACACAACUGAAAGUUGGGAUAGCACACCUCUUCAAGAACUUCGUGGUGGAAGUGAAUUCAAAAACACAAUUCCCUCUGACAUACAAUCCAUAUCACAUACUUCUCUCACCAGUUGGGGGACUUUGGAUAAAUUUGCGGAAAGUAUAGAAUUGUAUUCAUAAAUUGAUAAAUAUUUAAGAUGUCUUCCUCUGUAUCCUAUAUUGACUGAAUGAUCUUACCUAUUUUUAGUAAUAAAAAAAUGAUGUCGCCUCCAUUCAGUUGUAAA